UAAAAAACAGAGCAUCCAAAUAAAUAAGAAGGAAAGAAAGAAAGAAUCUACCUUUUCGCUCUCUCUGAUUCUCUCCACUGCUCUCAACAAGAGACUGAAGAGCCAAAGGAGACGACUUUCUCUCGCAUCCAUGGCAAUCACGUCGUCCUUCUUCUGUGUUCCGACACCGAACACAUCAUCCAUCUCCGAAUCGAACCUCUCGCGGCCAUCUCACCUCUCCUUCUCUCCUCCUAGACUCUCUUCCUCCUCCUCAUUUACCGGCGUUAUCUCCUCAAAGUCCAUCUCUUUCCACCGCCGCCUCACUAUUUCCCCUGUUUUCUCCACCGGCGGCUCCGACAACAACAACAAUAACAACGGAGGAAGCGGCGGCGGCGGUGGAGACGGAGACGGUGGCGGUGAGGAUAGGGACAGGAACAGGAGCGAGGCGAUGAUGUUGUUGGCUGAGUCUGGGACCGAGUUGGAGAGUCUUCCCAAGGAUCUAGCUGCUGCUAUCGAGUCGGGUCGGAUUCCUGGAUCGGUUAUCACCCGGUUCCUUGAGCUCCAGAGAUCGGCUGUGAUGAGGUGGCUGAUGCAGUUCGCUGGGUUUAGGGAAAGGCUUUUGGCUGAUGAUCUCUUCUUGGCUAAACUCGCCAUGGAGUGUGGUGUUGGUGUCUUCACCAAGACUGCUGCUGAGUAUGAAAGGCGUAGAGAAAACUUCUUCAAUGAACUUGAAGUUGUUUUUGCCGAUGUGGUGAUGGCUAUCAUUGCUGAUUUCAUGUUAGUUUAUCUACCUGCUCCUACUGUGUCUCUUAGACCACCUCUCGCACUUUCUGCUGGUGGUUUAUCCAAGUUCUUCCACAACUGCCCUGAUAAUGCCUUCCAGAUUGCUAUCUCUGGAACCUCAUAUUCUCUCUUGCAAAGGUUUGGUGCUAUAGCGCGCAAUGGGGCAAAGCUGUUUGCCGUUGGCACCACAUCAUCGCUGGUUGGUACUGCUGUUACAAAUGCGUUUAUAAAAGCAAAAGGAGCUGUGGACAAGACUUCUGAAGGUGAAGUCGAGACUGUUCCAAUAGUCUCCACAAGUGUUGCUUAUGGUGUGUACAUGGCAGUUUCCAGCAACCUAAGGUACCAAGUAUUGGCUGGUGUGGUAGAACAACGUCUCUUGGAGCCAUUGCUACACCAACACAAACUUGCACUCAGUGCCAUGUGUUUCGCUGUUAGAACUGGCAACACCUUCUUGGGUUCCUUAUUAUGGGUGGAUUAUGCACGUCUCAUAGGUAUCCAGAAAUCUCACUGAAGAAUCAGAAGAACAUGAUGAGUUCGAUUCAGACAUGAUCUGAUUUCCAAACUACUAUUGUCUUCAUUCACAAUUGUUGCUGAUUUUGAUUAUUUGGUCCAUUUUCUACAAAACUAGUCGAUGUCUCCAACAAACCAAGGCUAUUUUCACAAAGCACAUAAAAGACAUGCAUUUGGGUUUUGAAACCUC